GCUGCUGUCCCAUUGGAAGAUUACUCCCCUGGCUUCCCUUGCCCCAAGCAGUGAGCUAACUGGAAUGGUACCCCGGGAGGCCCCUGAGUCUGCUCAGUGCCUGUGCCCUUCCUUCACCAUCCCAAAUGCCAAGGAUGUGCUUCGGAAGAGGCACAAGAGAAGGAGCCGACAGCACCAGCGGUUCAUGGCCCGGAAGGCCUUGCUGCAGGAGCAGGGGCUGCUGAGCGUGCCUCCAGAACCAGGGUCCUCCCUGCUGCCCACCUCUUUCAGGGCAGUGCCAGCAACUGAGGCUGCCAGCAGUGGGAAGCAGUGUCUGAGGGCUGGAUCUGGCGGUGCCCCAUGCAGCAGAAGGCCCGCUCCCAGGAGAGCCUCAGGGCCCUUGCCCAGCAAGUGUGUGGCUAUCGACUGUGAGAUGGUGGGCACGGGACCCCAAGGGCGGGUGAGCGAGCUGGCCCGCUGUUCCAUCGUGAGUUACCAUGGCGAUGUCCUCUAUGACAAGUACAUCAGGCCUGAGAUGCCCAUCGUUGACUACCGUACUCGCUGGAGCGGAGUCACUCGGCAGCACAUGCGCAAGGCUAUCCCCUUCCAGGUGGCCCAGAAAGAGAUCCUUAAGCUCCUGAAGGGCAAGGUGGUGGUGGGGCACGCGCUGCACAACGACUUCCAGGCCCUCAAGUAUGUCCACCCUCGGAGCCAGACCCGGGAUACCACCUAUGUCCCAAACUUCCUCAGCGAGCCUGGCCUCCACACCCGGGCCCGGGUCUCUCUAAAGGACCUGGCCCUGCAGCUGCUGCACAAGAAGAUCCAGGUGGGCCCGCACGGGCACUCAUCAGUAGAAGAUGCCAUGACAGCCAUGGAGCUCUACCGGCUGGUGGAGGUGCAGUGGGAACAGCAGGAGGCCCGCAGCCUCUGGACCUGCCCUGAGGACAGAGAACCUGACAGCAGCACAGACAUGGAACAGUACAUGGAGGACCAGUACUGGCCCGACGACCUUGCCCACGGCAGCAGAGGAGGAGCCAGGGAGGCACAGGACAGAAGGAAUUGAGAAGGGGGCGGGGCUCCCUGACUGGGCUUCUGGUGUGGCCAGUAGGAAGUGGGGGCCAGGAGAGCAGCGGGCACUUCUUCCUGGGCAGGGCGGGGCAGGAUGCAGCGAGCCAGCCCCAGGGCCAGAGGAGUUGGGGUCAUCUGUUAUCUUGACACCCUCUGCUCACAGCAUAGGGCUCUGUCUCUCCAGGGCUGUUGGUUCUUUCUCCUGACUCCUGUGAUUUUGCUAAUGGCACUUUACAGACUCCAUGGAGAUGUCAGGUGGACCAUCUUCUAGGGCCCAGCAGGAGUACGGAAUGUGUCCACAGACUGACCAGGUUGUCGUGGCCUUCCCCACCCCUCAGAUCUCCUGAGUCGUCAUGCUGUGCUAAUGAAAGGAAUCAUAUCACCCUCUCUGGGGUUGGUGGGUGGGGGUGUCAAUAUCCUGGAGCUCCCUUACCCCAACUGAAUGACUUGGGGUAAAGUUAUCUUCCUUUUAUUGCCUACCUCUUCCUCCACUCAUUUUGGGUUCAGAAUAAAUAUGCCCUGAAGUUAAAGAGUUAAGUCCUAAAGGAGACAUUUCUUCCCCACCUCCCUGACCUGGGACUCUGGCUACAGCCAUUGUAGGAACUCCGUGCUCUGCGUGGCCUGUCAGCUCCCUGCUAGGCUACAGUGGAAUAGCAGAGCCCACAGGCUUCUCGUGGGGAUCUGGCCCCUUAACAUGCUUGGCAACAGAAGGCCCCAGGCACAGCUCAGGGAGGAGGGAAGGCAGGUAAGCUUUGGAUGAGAACGGGCAUAUUUAUUUUGACCCAAAUCAGGGACUUUCCCAGUCCACCCAGUACUGGGCUCUUAAGCAAAAGCCUGAGAAACAAGACAGUGGUUUGAAUUCUGGGGCCUUUGUGUAGAAUUGUGCCUGACCUUUAUUUAUUUAUUAAGAGCAGGGCUACUCGUUUAGGGGAGUAGAGUCUAUGUCUCCUGGGGCUGGGGCAGGGUAUUGGCAGUUAGCAGUGGCCCUGAACCUGGUCUGAUGCCCCCUCAGCUCUUUGACUAUCACUGUGGCUGUUGGGUUUUCUCCUAUUUCUAAAAAUGUUCUCUUGUUUCCUAAGUGACAGUUUUGAAAUAUUGGGUAACCAAGAACUCAGGUCACACAGACCUUGGAGCCCCAUCUUUGCUUGCCACUUAGCUUUGAGAUACUAGGCAAGCGACGGACUUCACUCUUGAGCCUGUUGUUUCCUCAUCUGUAAGAUGGGGAUAGUGGUACGGCCUACCUCAUAGGGUUGUAAUGAGCACUAAAUGUGAAGUGUUUGGCACAGUGCCUGGCAUGUGGUGAGCCACAGCCACUGUGAGUUUCUGUUUUCCCUUUUUUUUUUUUUUUUUUUUUUGAAAGCCCAGCUCUGUGCCACAACGUUGUGUGUUCUGUGAGGAUUUGUUGCAACUUCUUCA